AGAAGAAAGAAGAAAGAAGGGUGUAGUUGUAAUGGCCACCACUUCUCAAACCCAUACAAAAACCCCAUCUUCCCCUAACCAGAACCUUCUUCUUCUUCUUCUAUUCUCAAUCCCCAUCUCUUUAAAUUCUCCAAUUUCUCUCUCUAAUUUCAUUUCAAAAACCCCCCAAUUUCUCUCUCUAAAAUACUCCAUUAAUGGCGGUUUCCCCUGUUUUCAUCUUCCUCCUCUGUUUUCUCCUCUCCUCCCCUGUUUUCUCCUCACAAAUUUUCCUUCUACCUCUCUCCCAUUCCUUAUCAUCCUCAAUCUCCGAUUUCAACAGCACCCACAAUCUUCUCAAAUCCACCGCCACCCGCUCCUCCGCCCGAUUCCACCGCCACCGCCAUAACCACCUCUCUCUGCCCCUAUCCCCCGGCGGCGAUUACACUCUCUCCUUCAACCUCGGCUCUGAGUCUCACAAAAUUUCCCUCUAUAUGGACACCGGCAGCGACCUCGUUUGGUUCCCCUGUUCCCCGUUUGAGUGUAUUCUUUGUGAAGGUAAACCAAAAAUUCAAUCCCCUUUGCCCAAAAUCUCAAAUAACAAAUCAGUUUCCUGCAGCGCCGCCGCCUGCUCCGCCGCUCAUGGUGGCUCCCUCUCCGCUUCCCACCUCUGUGCAAUUUCUCGAUGUCCACUUGAAUCCAUUGAAAUUUCUGAGUGCUCCUCUUUUUCCUGUCCUCCGUUUUAUUACGCUUACGGCGAUGGGAGUUUAGUUGCUCGGCUUUAUAGAGAUAGCCUCAGUUUGCCAACGCCAGCGCCAUCUCCGCCGAUUAAUGUUCGGAAUUUUACUUUUGGAUGUGCCCACACGACGCUUGGCGAACCGGUUGGGGUUGCCGGAUUCGGCCGUGGGGUGUUGUCGAUGCCCAGUCAACUCGCGACUUUCUCACCUCAACUCGGGAACCGGUUUUCUUAUUGUUUGGUUUCUCACUCGUUUGCGGCGGACCGAGUUCGCCGCCCGAGUCCACUGAUUCUCGGGCGGUACCACACCGGGGAGACGGAGUUCAUUUACACUUCCUUGCUUGAGAAUCCAAAACACCCUUAUUUUUACUCAGUUGGAUUGGCCGGAAUAUCAGUUGGGAAUGUGAGGAUUCCAGCGCCGGAGUUCUUGAGAAAAGUUGAUGAGAGUGGUAGUGGCGGCGUUGUGGUGGAUUCCGGCACUACUUUUACUAUGCUCCCGUCAGGUUUGUAUGAAUCGGUGGUGGCCGAGUUCGAAAACCGUACCGGAAAGGUUGCAAACCGGGCGAGACGGAUCGAAGAAAACACCGGGUUGAGCCCUUGCUAUUACUACGAGAACUCAGUUGGCGUGCCACGUGUCGUGCUACAUUUUGUUGGGGAGAAAUCCAGUGUGGUGCUUCCUAGGAAGAACUAUUUCUAUGAGUUUUUGGACGGUGGAGAUGGGGUGGUGGAGGUGGGGAGGAAGAGAAAAGUUGGGUGUUUGAUGCUAAUGAACGGUGGAGAUGAGGCUGAGCUGGCAGGUGGGCCUGGUGCCACGCUUGGGAACUACCAACAACAAGGUUUUGAGGUGGUUUAUGAUUUGGAAAAGAACCGGGUUGGAUUCGCUCGGCGGCAAUGCUCCACUCUUUGGGACAAUUUGAACCGGAGUUAGUGAUGAAGAGUGAACCCGGUUGAGAAAGUGUUCUUUGACUUGUGACUAUUGUCAACGGUCAACGCUAUGAGGGUAAAUAAGGAAAUUUCAGGUUUGAAGGUUUUAUUUUUUGUUGUAAAUUCCUUGGGCACUUCACUUCUUGCUUUAAUUAUUAUUUUUAGUUGAAAUUUGUAUAUUAAAAGUGUUCAAAAAAUUUGUUGCAAAGAAGAAAAAAAAAAUGUAUAGCUCAAUUUUAUUGCAUGAAGCAAGGAAUGAAGUGGUUGCUUUAUCAA